AUGAAGUACAAUAAGUACUUCUUGCCCAACGGGCAGCAGAUCAAUGUCAAACCAUCCUUUGGGGGGUUUACAUUUUCAGUCGAUGAACACAGCUUGCACGGCUCUUUUCCACCUGGGUGGUCGAUAUCUCUUUAUACCGAGAACUCAGGUAAUGGAAAGCCGUCCAUUGACGGGGAUCGCCAGUCCCUAAUCGAUUCUGUCUCGUCUUUUACGAGACCAACUCUCCUCAGCGAUGUGCUCCACAUAUCUUCAAUGUCGACGCCAUCAAUUAACGACACGAAACCUGAGAGCGCUGCUACUAGACAAGUGGCCAUGAUCUUAUUUGCCACCUUUCUCUGGUAUUUCCAAGAACCCGCACCAGACUGGCAUGUGCCCACGUCGAAUGGAAAUGAACUGCCAGGAUUCGCCACAGAUACAGGAGGAGAGUGGAGUCUGAAAGUGAAAGGAGACGGCGUUCUUAGUGGGAAACAGCGAAUGCAGAGACUCGAGAGGAUGGGCCUAAUCGCGACUGCUGAUCCUUCAGUGGGUUCGCAAGAGAGACCAGAGACCUUUUUCGAGAUGUUCAUUACUCAAAGAGCCUUCUGGCAGUUGGAUCCCGGGAUCUAUCUGUUUACUCUGGAUCCACCCCGUUUUCCUGUCAGUGAUAAUGAGGCAUGGGCUCUUCCAUCAUUGGAUGCUUUUGGAAAAGGGUUCCCCUUUGGCGCUGGGCCCAACACUUCUGGGACCUUCAUACCCUCAUAUUACCCUCCCAUCCCACUUCAAUAUAAAUUUACUGACAGCAUUCGCCAUCCAGUCCGCCCAAGAGCUCCACAGCAAGGAGAGGUGUUUUACACGAGGUUCAUUCCCAGUAGUGGUCAGAACAUGACGUUCCGCGUACCCCUAAUCCCAAUGGAAAGCGCAAUGAGGUCACAUUCCACAACGACGCAGCCAAGCGAUUGGAGUUGUCCGAACCUAUGCCUUGACCCUGAACUUAUGAAUGAUUUGGAAUUGCUUCACCGAUGGAUGGACCAGUCUCCAACUCACGCAAGCUUGAUCCAGAGCAGUUCUUUGGAAGUCCGGAGGGAAAAUCUUAAGACUUCUAUGUCAAGCAAAUCAUCUUUUCCUGCACUAGCAUACUGGGGCUCGACACCUGUUGGCUUCCUCGAGAUUUUCUGGGUCCUUGAAGAUCGUCGUGGUAGGCUGCAGGGCAAGGUGGAGGAUUGGGAUAGGGGCUUCCGGUUCUUCAUUGGAGAUGACGACUUCAAUAGCUUGGAUAAUCUGGCACUCUUCCUGAGCUCAGUGGUUCAUUAUUGCUGGUUGUGCGACCAGAGAACCUAUUCCGUCUUGGUGGACGUUAGGGCGGACAAUGAAAGGUUCAUUUCAUGCCUACGAGACCUCGGUUUCUUUAGGGAAAGCGAAGUAUAUAUUUCGCAGGGGCAUACCACAAUCAUGAAGAUUAAGCGUAGUUUCUGGGUUGCACCUGUUACCUAG